AUGCCCCUUGACACUCUGCAAUUGGCAUGCAGAAUAGUGCCUCACAUUGAUCUUCAUAUCUUUUCUGCAGAGUCCAUAGGCAUGUUGGAUAUGGGCUCAAGCGUCUGCCACUUGCGCCGAUCGUCGACAAGAGUUACACACAAAGAGUAUCAGUCUCUGUACACCUUCACACAAGAUCUUCAGACUUCAACUACUGCUCCACUUCUCCUCGAACCCGGAACAAAAGUACCUGCUUGCUUCUGUGUCUUUGCUCAGCAUAUCGACAUGAUUUAUGAAUCACACAACCAUACGGCUUUCAGACGUAGAGCAGUGAACCGCGUUGAGCAGCCAUCUACCAGUACACCUUCAAGCUUGCAUCAUCAUCAUCUGCCUACAAGGAUGAUGCCCAGCCCCGACCAUAGCCCUGCUACUGCCCAUGUAUCGCUUCCGUCCUUCAGGAUUUUGGCUGAGGUCGCCGAUCAGUCGAACCUGCAGUACAUGCGUGCUCCUUCGCUUGGCUGUGAAUAUGUCCCAGUCCCUAUCAUCAUGAACGAGUCUUCGUAUGCCUCACCCCCUGAGUCUGUUACUGCACCUUCGCCUACGCCUACGCCGUCCAGGUCUGCUUCACCAGCCAUGCCCCAAAUGGCUCUGCCUAUUAGACGAGCCAAAAAAUCGAGUCCCUCUUACAGAGUUGAGAAGAAGACGAAGUCCGCAAAACGCAAGGACUAUUCGGAGAUGGCCAGAGCGCAGGAGCUCGAAAACAACAGGCGAAUCGACGAGGCUCAACGCCCUUACAAGGAAGGUGUUCAAGCGCCCGUCAACAGCUAUCUCAUGUCUGGCGGCAACUCGAACGGGCAUCGACCAUUCCCCCGAUUUGAUCGCGCACAUGUGCCUCGCGAAGCCAAACGUGCCAAAUCAGUGACUGGUAGCAGCGACCCCAACACCAGGCACAAUGUUGCACAGACUCAUCUCCGAGCUGAGAAGGGGGGCUCAAGAAUGGUUCUUCAACGUCUCCUUGUGAGUUCUUUGGGCUGGAGAGGUCACAGGCUUCAGACAGUAGUCAAUGCUAAGAGCAGUGGCAUGCUGUACGAGGAGAAGGACCUGCUGCAAGCCAGUACCCAACUCAACUCUCUCGCCAUUGUCCUCAUGCAAGGGCUCUUCGGAAUAGGCAUGCAACAGCUUGGCGGCGUCCUUGACUUGUUUGAGCCAGAAGAUGUCCAGCCCGCAGACGUGGUGAGAGACCCGCGUGAUGACGACAGGACAUACAAUCUCAAGUGCCAAGCAGCCAGAAUCCAGGUCAUUGAAGAGGCACAUCUGCCUCUUGGUCUAAAGAACGUACGCAGCCAAGACGAGCUCCUCCAUAUCAUCGAGCAGAAGCUCAUGCCCAUCGCUACCGACUACGGCAAAGUCGCACUACAGCAGAUGUUCUUCUGCAAGCCCAAAGAAGGCCGAUCAAUGUUUUGA